GUUCACUAGUGCUGUUGUUUAUCAAGGACUUGUGAUGCGUUUAGGGAUUGUGGCAGGAGGAAACUUGUAUCUUGAGUUUUUUAUCUCUGGAGCUGUGGAACUGCCAGCGGCACUAAUUAUUUUAUUUACCAUUGAUCGCGUGGGUCGACGACUACCCUUUGGAGCUGCAAAUAUUGUGGCUGGUGUGACAUGCUUGAUUGUUGUAUUUAUACCCCAAGAUCUACUUUGGUUCAAGACUACAGUAGCCACUAUUGGCAGGCUGGCAAUUACAAUGGCUUUUGAAAUGGUUUACCUUGUAAACACAGAACUGUACCCGACACCACUGAGGAACUUUGGUACCUCAGUGUGUUCGAGCCUAUGUGACUUUGGAGGAAUUGUUGCCCCAUUCUUGCUCUUCAGAUUAGCAAAUAUAUGGCUGGAGCUACCGAUGGUCAUUUAUGGUAUACUGUCUUUGCUGUGUGGAGUCUUUGUCAUGUUUCUACCAGAAACUAAAGGAAUCCCAUUACCUGAGACAGUUGAAGAGGUGGAGAAUAUAGCAAGUUUCCAUAAUCGAUCUGACAAAAAGAAUGGAAUUCCUAUUCAGUGUAAUAAAUGUAUCUGAAAAUGCAGAAUGCAAAUAAAAAAAAGAAAGAAAGAAAAUAUAUUUUUUUGAGAGAUAAUUUCUGGAAAGGAACCCAGGAAGUUCUUGAAAAGCAGUAUCGGUCCAAAUUCUUCAAGAGCAUUAUUUCUUUACCGACAGCCUACUUAUUACAGCAGAUGGUAUACUUGGUACGGAAACUAAAAGCACUUCAACAGAAACAGAUCAUCAUAAACAUACUCAAGUCAUGAAUCAAAAUCAGUGUGCAUAGCCUACUGUGCAAUGACCUCAUUACCUGUUUUCCCCAUUCAUUUUUAAUCAUGGAUUAAUUUAUAUUGUUAUACAUUCUUUAAAGAGUGCAUGUAUUAGGUGUUUAUUUUACAGCUUGCUGUCCACCACUGACACGUAUUUAUGGUUGAUACAGGUGAGGGUGUGUAUACAGGAGAUCUUUUGUUCACAUGGUAGAUAAGGAAAUAUUUCACCAUGUGUCUGCUUAGUGCUGUGAAUAUUGUAUAUGUAAAUAAAGGUAAGAAAUCUAGUGAAUAUUUAAAUAAAGCUUUUAUCAUAAUUCUUCCCUCUGUAUAUCACUGCCACCUGAUUAAAAGUCCCUGCAAUCUACGAUGCAGUGAUUCUAAAUGAGUCAUGAACACACUGCCUUUCCCUUAACAUUAAGCCAAGAAGCUCCAAUGUUAAUGUAAUACUUCCAAUGUAAGAUGUCCAGUUGGCACAAACCAUUAAAGUCUGGAGACCUUU